AUGUCCAAUAAAAUUAAAAAACAUUCACCAAGUGACUAUACCUUCAAAGAAGAAUUAGGUCAUGGUUCCUAUUCGACAGUUUAUAAAGCUGUCGAUAAAAGAAAUGUAAAACAAUGUUAUGCAAUUAAAGUCUGUUCGAAAAAACAUAUUAUUAAAGAAAAUAAAGUUAAAUACGUAUCAAUAGAGAAAAAUGUAUUAAAUAUAUUGAGAAAAGGUAAUCAUCCAGGUAUAAUUAAAUUAUAUUACACAUUCCAUGAUGAAGAAAAUCUAUAUUUUGUAUUGAGUUAUGCAAUAAAUGGAGAAUUAUUACAACUAUUGCAUAAAUAUAGAUCGUUCAAUGAGGAAUUAACAAUUCGUUUCACAGUUCAAAUUAUAGAUAUAUUAGAAUUUAUCCAUAAGAAUGGAAUAAUUCACAGAGAUGUGAAACCGGAAAAUAUUCUACUCAACAGAAACUACAAUUUAAUCCUAACAGAUUUUGGUGCUGCGUCACUGAUAGAUAACGAUGAAGAUAAAGAAAAUAGUAAUAAUAGUAAUGCUACAUACAAUGAUAUACAUGUGAAUAGAGCUUCAUCAUUUGUUGGUACUGCAGAAUACGUCUCUCCGGAGCUACUAUUAUAUAACCAAUGUGGCUAUUGCUCAGACGUUUGGGCACUAGGGUGCAUGAUAUUCCAAUUCUUAAAAGGAUAUCCACCCUUCCGUGGUGCUAAUGAACUGAAUACAUUUGAAAAAAUAGUUGCGUUGGAUUAUCAUUGGAAUGAUCCAAAUAAUUUGGUUUCACAAAGCUGGAAAGAUUUAGUCUCUAAGAUUUUAAUAACGAAUUCAGAAAAGAGAAUGAACUUAGAAAAUGUUAAAAAGCAUCCACUAUUUAAAAAUAUUAAUUGGAAUGAUAAAGAAAAAAUAUGGUUAGGUACUAAUAAACUACCGCCUAGUAACGUACCAUUAAAUAACACAACUAUGUCUUCCUAUAAUGGGAAUGAUAAUAACCAAAAUACAAAGUCUAUAAAUGAUAGACAGCUACAUAUCAUAGAUGUUCCACUGCGAGAUAUAGCAAUUACAAAACAAAAACAGAAGAAGAAACCAAAAAUGGUAUCAAGUACAACUGGAAACAUUGUUGAGUGGAGAAAAAGACUUGGAAUUUCCUCAUUGGGUCUAACUAAUAAUACUGAAAAUCAUAAUUUAAGAGGUUCUAUUAGUGAUAUGAUGAAGAGAGAUAACAUAGGAACAAAUAAGCCAUUUGAUAGAAAGGAUGCCCAUCUUGUUAAUAAUAAUAACUUUACCACUAAUAUUACUUUGGAUAAUAUACGAAAUGAUACUACAUCUAAACCGCUAAUACUCAAAAAUAAAUACAAUACAAACUAUAUCGAGCAAACUAAAAAAUCUAAUUUAAACAAUGAUGUCAUAAAACAACAGCCAGCUUUUAUUCAUGAGAUCUCAUACGAUGCAAAUGGUCCUGAUAUGUCAAUGUUUGCCUAUAAAAGAAUCGAUAAUGAUCUUAUUACAAACUUAGUUACCAAUAAUGGCGUAACUCUAAGAUCUAUUGAAGGUGCUAUUCCCAGCAUAUUAACCCUUUACAAAGAUGGGUCGUUGGUCUAUAAUACAAUCGAUCCUGUGUCGCAAAAUACAAUACCAAUAAAGAUGGUUAAUAUUGCAGAUUCGGACCUUUCAAUGUAUGAUUUUGAAUUUAAUGAAAUGACGAAAACUGGGUUUUUAAUUUUAGAGAAAUAUCGCUUUAAACUAUGGUUCAUCUGCUUACCUCAAGAACCUUUGAUUGAUUUUGCAGCAGCUAUGUCCUUCCCUGUAGUCAAUGAUAAUGAUACUUGGGUUGAUUGUCUUUUUAAAUCAAGACAAAUAAUUGAAGAUAAUUAUAUUGCUAAUAUGACAAAUGGUUUAAAAUUGGGUGAAUCAUCUAAAACUAGCAGGUCAAGUUCUUUAGAUCUACUUGAUUUUACAUCAGAAACAAUUAUUGAACAGGAUAUUAAACAAUUAAAUAACAUUCCAAAAUCAGCGCAUCAAAAAGCUACAGCAUCGGUAAUGUUAAAACAAAAAGGUGAUUCACCAAGAAAUCAACCCGUAUCAGAUACAAAAGAUAAUAAAGAUGAAUUGAAUAACAAUUUAGUUGAAUCAACUAAAAAUUAUGUACACUCCAGACAAGCAAGUGGCUACAGCAAUACGAAAAAAAUAUUAAAAAAAAAUAAUGAAGCAAGUAUGGAAAAUAAAGUAUCUUCAGCUGCUUCACCUAUUUUACCUAUUUCUAGUCAUAAUGCUUCAUUUGCAAAUACAAGUUUGAGAACUGGAAAUACAAAACCACAAGUUAAGAAAUACUCAGUUCCAUCCAACAUGAUAAUCAGUAGUAGCAGAUAUGAGGUAUUGUAUACCUUGAGGCGCGAUGGUCCAAUAGAUCCAAAUUAUUACAAAGAAAAAGCACAUAUGAAUUCAUCAAGGAAGGAUAGUUCAAAGAGCCAACACAGUACUAUUAUCGCAAGUAGUGGAGCAUCAGCUGCAUUCAAAAAUUUACAAAAGAGAAAGUUAUCUGAUAAGUAA